UUUUAUUCCAAGCUCCUAGCCCAUGCAGUUACAACCCACCUACGGGCGAAGUCAGUUCAGCACUUGGCAGCCAUGCACGGCCGUGUGAAGAAGGACAUUGUGGAACCUACACCAGAAGAGAAAGCCAAGCAGCGAGAACAAGUUCGCACCGCGCGGAGUCUCUUUGCUAAGCUCUUGGACUUGCGGAAAAGUCAGACCUACAACGAUCAAGCUUUGGAAAUGACCUCCAAGGCUCUUCAGUUCCAUCCUGAGUUCCCAACGCUGUGGGGAUACAGACGUGAACUUCUCACAAGCACAGGCAGCACAGAGAAACCAUUGCAGGAAUUGUUAAAGAUGGAAAUGAAGCUGCUGGAGAAAGCCUUGAGAAAAUCGCAAAAGGUUUACUCCAUUUGGUUUCACCGCAAAUGGGUCGUGGAACGCUUGUUCCAGGAGAUGAACGCAGAUGAAGAGGCAAUCAGAAACCUUUUAAGCACUGAAUUAGAUUUGUGCAAUCAACUUUUGGCGGUCGAUGAGCGGAAUUUUCACUGUUGGAAUCAUCGCAUGAACUUGAUGGAUUUGAUGAGGACUUGGGGGAAGGACAAGUCAAAUUCCAUGGACUUGAAUGCCAUCGAUUUGAAACUGAGCACAGAUUUGAUAAAUCAAAACUUUUCGAACUAUUCUGCUUGGCAUUUGAGAACCCUGCUUCAGCAGCCACUUGCGGGAGAAGAGCCACGCAUGAAAUUGAAUGUUGAAGAAGAGCUAGAAUGGGUUCAGCAAGGCAUCUAUACUGAACCCAAUGAUCAGUCUGUCUGGCUCUACCACCAGUGGCUAACACUUGAACAUUCUCAGUUGCCCCGCAUCACACAUUGUGCUAUUCUGGAUGGAGAGUUUUUCAUCUUCUUUUCGAGACCUGUGUGUGCGUCUGUGGCAACUGUUGGCACUGUGAGGGGCUGCUUGGAGGCGAUUCCUAGGAGUGCACUGAAGCGAACUCGUCCCCGCAGUGUACGUCGCAGCUGGUCUGUGGGAUGGCGAUUUCUUCCGGAGACCGAGGCCAAAUUCAGAGAUGAAGUGCAAAUCACUGUGACCUUGGAGAGCUGCGGCACUGGUCUGAAGCAGUCGACGUCAGUCUUCAAUGGUCAACCUUUUGAUUUGGACACAGAAAUGUCAUCAAACCAGGAACUCAAAUGCGAAUUAUCGGAGGAGAAAAAAGAGAUCCUGAAGUCUGAGUUGAUGCGAAUCGAUGAGCUUCUGGAAAUUGAACCAGACUGCAGAUGGGCCUUGCUUGCUCGCAUGCGCCUGCAGCUUGCAUCCUCGCCACCUGAAGAAGCAACCCUGUCAAGUUGCCUGUCAAGCCUUGAACGGAUGAGCAGCUUGGAUCCUUUACGCAGAAAUUUCUAUGCUGAUUCAAAGGCAGAUGCUCUGAUGAUGCAAUCCCUGACCAUGUGGAGUGGACAAGGUCGCAAGGGAGAUCUGAAACUGGUUGGACUGGGUCUGAAGAAAAUCUCACCAACUGCUGCAGCCUUUGCUUUCGGUGUCCGUAUUUUAAGGCUUGACGAGAAUGAGCUGCAUGAAUUUGGCCCCUUGCUUGGGUUGUUGAGCUUGAUAGAACUUUCGGUUUCCAAAAAUCAGAUCCGCGGUGAUGUUGCAGAAAUCUUUGCCUUGAAGCGACUACAAUACGUAGACUUAAGUUGGAAUUAUUUGUCGGCAAAUUUGGGAUGUUGGAACCCACCAGAGAAGCUUCAGAAAAUAGACCUCUCUGGAAAUACGAAUGUAACUGAGCUGGGACAUGAAAAGCUCUCACAGCUUUUUCCAACGGCUUGGAAGCUCCAAUUCGGAGAAGGAAAGUGCCUCGCCCACAAAUGAAGGACAGGGGCUCGGCAGCUUGACGGCUUGGCGGCUUAGCCAGCUUGGCAUCAAAAAUGAUUGGAUGCUGGACCACUGUCCUGCAUGGAAGUUGACAAUGCUGAGAAUGCUAGGCUUGGCACUAGA